UAAUAAUUGAAUCACUGAGAGGCCUACCUCCAGUAAAUGAGGAAAGCAUAAUUUUUAAAGAAGAUCGGCAAGCAGCAGGAAAGAUAUUUGAGAUAUUUGGUCCUGUUUUACAUCCCUUUUAUGUGUUAAGAUUCAACAGCUCUGAGCAUAUCAAAGCAAAAGGUAUUAAUGUGCAAGAUAGCAUGUAUUUUGCUCCAUCACUGGAGGACUUCACCCAGUAUAUAUUUGCAGAGAAACUAAAACAGGAGAAAGGUUCAGAUGCAUCUUGGAAGAAUGACCAAGAACCACCACCUGAAGCCUUGGAUUUCAGUGAUGAUGAAAAAGAAAAAGAGGCAAAACAGAAGAAAAAGAAGCCGCAAAGUCAAGGAAGGAAGAAACUCAAAUCAGAAACAAAUGCAUCAAGUGAGAAUAAAGGACUUCAUCAGUCAACGCAACAGCCUGCUUCAAGUUAUUCAAGGGGAUACCGUGGCAGAGGGUUCUCCAGGGAUCCAUUUCCUCCUCCACAAGGCCCUCCAGGUUUUUUGAGACCACAAGUAAGACCACCACAGCUAUACUCUUCAGACAACAGAAUACAUCAGGAAUCUUCAGUGUUUCCACAACCUCAUAGAAAAGAAAAUCCAAUGAUGCAACAGUAUCCCUUUCCUCCUCCAGUUUUUGGUUCUGUUAAUGAGAUGCAUCAAUUCCACCUUCCGCCUUCAGAUCUGAAUAUGAUUUGGACAGGCCCGAACACAUACAACUCAUCAUACCCAUUUUUGCCGCCACCGCCUCCUCCACCUCCUCCAGAUAGCCAUCCUUCUCAGUUCAGGCCUUACUAA